AUGGCGACGGCCUUGUUCCGGGCUGUGCUGCGGCGCUGGAGAACUGGCGGCCAGCCGGGCUGCGGGCUACGGCCCCUGAGUCAAGUCCAGGGGCCUCCUGAUUACCCCAGCUUUGUGGAAUCCGUGGAUGAAUACCGUUUUGUGGAGCGCCUGUUACCCCCGACCGGCAUUCCAGAGCCCCCAAAGCACAAGCGGUCUCCCACUCCCAGUGGGUGGCAGCCCCCCCAUGACCCGCCGCCCAACCUGCCCUACUUCGUGCGGCGCUCUCGGAUGCACAACAUCCCUGUCUACAGAGACAUCACACACGGCAACCGCCACAUGACUGUGAUCCGGAAGGUGGAAGGGGAUAUCUGGGCCCUGCAGAAGGAUGUGGAGGACUUCCUAAGCCCAUUGCUGGGGAAGACGCCCAUCACUCAGGUCAACGAAGUGACAGGUACCCUGCGGGUCAAGGGCUACUUUGACCAGCAGCUCAAAGCCUGGCUCCUGGAGAAGGGCUUCUGA